UAAGUCGGAUCCAUGUAACCCGGGGACUGCCUGUAGUUCACUUUCAGUUGUUUUUGAAAGUCUUGAUGUUUAUGCCAUACAAAUAGCUGACUGUAAACCAUUGCCUUUGAAAAAAAAUUCUUCAGUUUCUUGCGCUGUGUAUCACAUUAAUAAGUAUUUUAUCACAAAUGUGUAUUGGUCAGUUUGGGAGAAAUUGAGGGGAGGGAAAACUCUUGAGCUUUGGUUUAUUUUGUCUGGUGGAAGUUACAUUUUAUUAGUCUGCAAUCGUCAGUCCCUGGAAUUAUCUGGACUCUCAUCAGUGAAUGCAGAAUGCAUUUGAAGAUUUUUUUUUUUUAACACAGAUCCCGUUAAGACACAAUUCAGAUUACUGCUAGGACAGAAACUGUCCAGCCUUGUCUGAGGUUACAGCCUUCAUGUUGAUAUACUGCAAUGUGAUCUGAUAGAUUGAGGCAAGCAACACCUGUGGCUUUCUAUUAGCUGAUCUUGUUCAUUUUGGAGGAGUUGUUGCUGGCAGCCAUAAUCUCUAUGGUUUAAGACCAGGCAAAAUCACAGCAGCACCGGACUGUGGGGCAAAGUUUUCUAGACUGUCUUCCAGGAUGGUCGUAGUGUGAGGGCUUUCGAAAGGUUAUUGCAUGUGACUUAUUGGGAGGACUGAUGGUGGUUUGUACAGUGUAUCAACUCCACUGGGCUGUCCCUAAAGAAAGGAGAUCAAUUGGUGUGCCUACGACCGGUUUAACCAAGUUAAAAUGAAGAAAAAAGCAAAAAAGCUGUCUGCUAAAAGCUGUAACUUGGAAGUGAAUUUUUAAUAAUUUGCAAAAGGAGUUUUCAAAAUUUGGAGUAAGUGGCCUCUUCCUACAAAGCAGCUGUUCAGCUGGACAAAUCUGUUAUCCAAUGAAAGCAAUCUGCAGGUGUUGGGCAGUUUUGCUGCUUUCUUGGGAUGAUUAGUAUUCAACUGCUGGAAGGAAUAUUUAGGCAGGGGACACAGAAGUCUGGGGAGCAAACACGUUCCUAAAUGGAUUGCCUUGCCCUGUAGUAAGGCUGUGACCUGAUGAGCUCUGUUUUCCAAGCUAGGUUUGCCUUUGCCUUCAUGCUCUUCUUUCCUUUCCUGAAACUCAAUGUUUCUGCUCAUAGUACAGGUCGGAGAGAACAUAUGCUUAUUAAUAGGCAGGAUUUUGACUGUCAUGCUGCUUUUGAUUUCUCUUUUUCAUUGCAGGUGUAUAAACUGAGCUUUUUCAUGUUGCAGAUUUGGCCUCCAUGUUAUGACCCUUCUUCAUUCAGUGAUUCUGUUCAUGUUGAAGAAAGAUAAAAUGGGACUGUGGCCUGGUCUAUGCAAGAGUAGUGUUCUUGCUUGAGCUCCCCGGAUGUCUGAAGAAGCAAAGGUGGAAAACAGCACAUGAGCACCAGACAGUGACAUAGUUGGCUCCCAAGACUUCCUACUACUGACCGUUACUGCUGGAUGGCUGUGGAAAUGAAUGGAGAACAGCAGCAUGAUGCAGAUGCUGGGUCUGGUGUGGAGGAAGCAGAAUUCAAUUGGGAUGAGUAUCUAGAAGACACUGGAGCAAUUGCAGCACCCCAUGGAUCUUUUAAACACGUGGACACUAGUUUGCAGAAUGGCUUUGCCCCUGGUAUGAAGCUAGAGGUUGCUGUCAAGCCUGACCACACUACCUACUGGGUAGCCACCAUCAUCACUACCUGUGGGCAGCUGCUCUUGUUACGCUACGAUGGCUAUGGGGAAGACCGCAAGGCAGACUUUUGGUGUGACAUCAUGACAGCUGACUUGCACCCAAUUGGUUGGUGCGAGCAGAACAAAAAGAUUCUCAAAGUGCCUGAAGGUAUCAAGGAUAAGAUAUCUGACCAGGAAGAAUUCCUUCGACAGACACUGGCAGGUGCAUGCAGUGCUCCUGCUAACCUACUAGAGGGUCUUCACAGAGGAAAGAAUCCCUUGGAUUUCAUUGCACCCGGUUCCAGGCUGGAAUGUCAAAACUCCCAAGAUUCCCUGGAAGCCUGGAUUGUCAGGGUGGUGGAAAAUGUUGGCGGCAGGCUCAAGUUGCGCUACGAAGGGCUGGUCGAUUCUGACCAGUCUGAUCAGUGGAUGUUCUACCUGGAUCCAUUUCUUCACCCAGUGGGCUGGGCAGCUCAACAGGGAUAUGCGCUCCAGCCUCCAGCAGCUAUCCGGUCCCUGAAGAGUGAAGCAGAAUGGCAGGACAUCCUGAUAAAAGUGAAAGAGGAAGAAGAAGGGUCCUCAGUACCAACUGAUCUCUUUAAGGACAAGCCUGUGAUUGGAGUGCAUUCAUUCACUGCAAGCAUGAAGCUAGAGGCCGUGGAUCCAAUGGCUCCUUUUGUCCUCUCUCCUGCUACAGUUGUUAAGGUGUUCAAUGAAAAAUAUUUCUUGGUAGAAAUUGAUGACUUGCGACCAGAAUGCGCAACCAGCCGGUCAUAUGUUUGUCAUGUCAAUAGUGCUGGUAUCUUUCCUGUGCAGUGGAGUCUGAAAAAUGGUUUGCAUCUCAGCCCUCCGGCAGGUUAUCCCGGGCAGGACUUUGAUUGGGCGGACUACCUCAAACAGUGUGGUGCUGAGGCUGCUCCCCAGAGCUGUUUUCCGAUGCUAACUUCCAACCAUGGGUUUAAAGAGAACAUGAAGCUGGAAGCUGUGAACCCUGUUGAUCCUGGGGAAAUUUGCAUUGCCACAGUCACCAAGGUGAAAGAGACCUACCUCUGGCUUCAGUUGGAGGGCUCCAAAAAGCCAGUCCCUGAAUGCAUCGUGAAUGUGGAAUCGAUGAAUAUAUUUCCAGUGGGUUGGUGUGAGACCAAUGGAUACCAGCUCAGACCUCCUCGCAAAGCAAUAGUGAACAAACAGAAGAAAAUCGCUGUGGUUCAACCAGAGAAACAAAUUUUGUCUUCAAGGACAGUCCAUGAGAGAUUGAAGAACCAGGAGCUGAACUCCACUGACUCAGUUGUAAUUAAUGGCAAGUACUGCUGUCCAAAGAUCUACUUCAACCACCGAUGCUUCUCAGGGCCUUACCUCAACAAAGGGAGAAUUGCAGAGCUGCCUCAGUCGGUGGGACCUGGGAACUGCGUUCUUGUCCUUAAAGAGGUUCUCACUUUAUUGAUCAAUGCAGCCUACAAACCUAGCCGCGUCCUUCGAGAACUACAGCUGGAUGAGGAUACUGCGUGGCAUGGGCAUGGAGAGACCCUGAAAGCAAAGUACAAAGGGAAGAGUUACCGUGCCACUGUGGAGGUUGUGAGAACAGCUGAUCGUGUGGCAGAUUUCUGUAGAACAACCUGCAUCAAACUGGAAUGCUGUCCAAAUCUCUUUGGCCCACAGAUGGUGCUAGAUAAGUGUUCAGAAAACUGCUCUGUCCUGACAAAGACAAAAUACACACAUUAUUAUGGGAAGAGGAAAAACAAAAGGAUUGGCCGACCACCGGGUGGCCAUAGUAAUCUGGAAGCGAGCAUGAAGAAACCAAGCAAGAGGAGGAAGAGACGAAAACACUUCUUUGUCCAUAAGAAAAAACGUUCUUCCACCUCAGUGGACAACUCUCCAGUUGGAUCUACCCAGGGCAGCGGGGGAGAGGAAGAGGAUGAUCAGGAUGACGUAGAUGAAGAGUCUAUGAGUGAGGAUAGCGCCUCAGAGCAGCAAGAUGAACUGCUUGAAGAGUCAGAAGUGUCAGAGAAGAAAUCGCGGUCCUCCUCUCCCACACAGAGUGAGCUGUCCCACUGCUUGGCUCAGGAUCAAGAUAAGCAAAAGAGGAAGCUCCGGACCUUUUCCUUCUCUGAUGAUGAAAAUAAACCCCCUUCACCAAAGGAAAUAAAGAUUGAAGUUGCCGAAAAGCUGCAGCUGGACAGUAACCCUCUGGAAUGGAGCGUGGCCGAUGUUGUGCGGUUCCUCCGAUCUACAGACUGUGCCCCAUUAGCCAGAAUUUUCCUGGAUCAGGAAAUAGAUGGUCAGGCGCUUCUCCUGCUCACUCUGCCCACUGUUCAGGAGUGCAUGGACUUGAAACUUGGGCCAGCCAUUAAACUUUGCCAUCACAUUGAAAGAGUCAAACUUGCUUUUUAUCAGCAAUUUGCUAACUGAAGGAUGGCCAGAUGGAGGUGGACCUUUGGAAGCACAUCUGCAGCAACAUACUCCACCUUUGUGGCAGGGAAAACCAAAAGGGGGUUAAACUGCGGCUUCAGUUCUGGUGACCAGCAAACAUCUGUUCAGCCACAGUUUUGCACUUCGAGGGAGGGAAGACAACUUGUGGAGCAAAAUGUCAAUGCAAACAGCAGCUACUCUGCCAGCUUGGAAACAUGGUAGUCUCUCACUCUGCUGAUUGCUUCUUUUUUAAUUUUUAAAAAAAGGUUUAAAAAACAUUUCCUAUAAGGAUACAGACGUUUCAAGAGUUCUUGUGGUGCAGAAUUUAAAAAGGGAAAGGAGGGGCAGAUGCCAUGUAUGUGAGAAGGCAGCUACUGGAAAAUCCUCUUUUUCCUAUUCCUAACCAUUCACGAAGAACUCAGUUUCCUUUCUCUAAAAGAGAACAUUUGCUUUAAGACAGCACUGGCUUUGGGAUGUGCUCUUUAUACAUCAGCAUGUUUUCAUUUUUGUUUUUAAUUUAAAUUUGCUCAUUGUCAGGACAACGAUGUGGCCACAGAAUUUUGAAUGUACAGUAGAGCAAGAGUGUUGUGUCUUUAUUAUUAGUGUUUUAGGUUCUGUUUUUUUUUCUUUUUUUUUUGUUUUGUUUUUUGUUUUUUUUAACUACCUCUGCCACCUGUGCAGUAAAAGUUGUCACUGAGGAUGGUAGGGGGUUAAUUAUUUUGAGAAAUUCAUUGGUAGCUGCACAGCAGCUGCUGUUCCUUAGAGAGAUCAAAAGCUUAAAACCUUAUCACCGUGGAACGCUGAUCUCGAGAUAAGCGUGAUUCCAAAGCUUUGACUGAAAACUGCAUAGGCUUGUUUGGCACUUCAGGAGCAUCACCUUUUCCCUUAGGAGGAGUUUGGAAAACAUACUGCUUUGCACUCUCUCGCUCUGUCGGGGCUGGCUAUCCUCAGAUAGAAUUACUGGAUCUCUUUUUUUAAAAUGUGGCUUGAAUCUUUUGUCCCUUUUCUACCUGUGCCAAAUGGCUGGGAUUACAGCACAGCAUGAUAGAUGCUGCUCUUCUCUCCGCCCCCACUCCGUGGACCUCAUGUCCAUGGGUACACGAGGAAAAUGCACCAUCACUUUAGCUCCACCAGAGGAAGCAACAGUGGAGCUGCAGUGAGGACGUGACUCAGGUUUUUGACUCUGAGCAGGCCAUUUUGGUAAACGUGCUUGAAAACGAAGCCUUGCCUACACUAACUGCACUAGUGGUGAGCCGUGUGUCAGGCCUGACUGGAAUCAGAUAGCCAUCGUGUGGAGCUCUGCACAGCUGUUCUCUUCAUAAUGCUUUGGUGGGCAACAGAAGAGCCCACCUUGCUGGCUAAUACUUUUGUGUGAAAUGGCAUUCGGACCUGAGACCACUUGAAAAUGAGCAUUGAGUUCCAGAGUCUAUGCAUUCCUCAGCCUCUGCCUGUGUUCGCAGGCAGCUGGGGAACAGGAGCUGAGGUUUUAUAUGCAAGUGAGAAAUCAGAAAGCAUGCCUCCCCUGCUCUUCCUUCCACGCAAAGCCUCUCCUGCAGAGAGCCCGAGGCACACCCUAUGAGAUGGGGAUGCUGGUGCAUGUGAAGGGAAUGAGGUUGAGGAAAGAUAUUUAGUGGUUCCCACGAUGUAUGGUAGCUAGGGACCGACCAUAGAGGCAAUCUUAGCUCCAUGUAAACCUACUGGGUUUAAUUUCUAGGCUGCUGUGUGACCCAAACUGUAGGUUUCACUUAUGGGAUCCUUUGUAAAAUGAAAACUGUAUGUUUCACCUUAUCCUGGUGUCAGAUCCUGGCCCAUCCAAGGCAGCAAGGGAAGGUGAAUGCAGGAAAGCAGCUUCUGCUCUGAGCAGCCCUGGAUAGGCAAAAGGUUUCUGUUGCUGCAAGUCCGAAUAGUUUAGUCAAGGCAAAAAUAUUUAGAGGUGGGCUAAAAUCCAAAGAAUCCUCCUCCUCCACCUUACAAUGAAAAUCUAAAUGGAAGACAAACUGUUUACCAGUCGGUACGGGGGAGGGGAUGUGAAGACCUUUCUUUUGUUUUUCAAUCCAUAGUUAGCAAGAUUUAAGACACAUGUUUAUUGGAAUCCUAUCCCAAGCCUCUUCCAAUAUGCAUCUAAUAAUGGAAAUUUUGGUUCUUGAUUAUUUUUUUUUCUCUUGGGGUAGUGGAGUGACUUUUGGCACUUUGCCUUAAGAGACUUGACCAACAGAGAAUGCCGGGACAAGAUUCAUGCAGAGCAAGGUUUCCAAGUCCCUCUGUUUAACUGAAGGAAAAGCUGACUCCAAACUGACAGCUCUGAGGCCAUGACUGCUGUAUUGCCCGCCUGAUAAAAAUGACCACUUAAAGAGAUGUCAGAAAAGAAGAGAACUUAACUAUAAAGGGACAUCUAACAAACUUUUUAUCACAAAGUCUGGGGUUUGUUUUUUAAAGUAUCAAUUUCAUACUCCAUUUGUCCCUGUAAAUACAAGUGAAACAGCUAACUGAGGCCAAUGAAGUAGCUACAGGUGACCUUGGGCAUGUUUUUAGGCUGAUUUCUCUGCCUCGCUUUGGAAGGCAUUAGCAGUCUGGUCCCAGUGGGAUCCGCUUUUAUUUGAGUUUCAAAGGGGAUGUUUUCCAUUUUGUGUGUGUAUGAUGUUUCUAUGCUGCUCACGUGUUUUUGUACAUUUCAUUUCCAGGGGAAAAUGUACUCCCUCUUUAUUGCUAGAUUUAAAGGGACUAUUUGGCAGUUGCCUAUGGAUAGUCAUUUUAAUACUAUUUUAAGAGGUCCUUUUCCAUCUACAAUACAAAGUGGUAUUUAGGCUUAUAUCUGUUGAUCUUACACUGAUAUGACUUGAAAUUAGACUCCCGUGCUAUUGUGGUUCCUUUGUUUCUGCAGAAUUGGCUAGCUCUGAGUAGCUUGUUGGGUGACUCUUGGCAAUAGGCUAAUAACAUCGUCAUCAGCAGGAGUUGCAGAGAUCUCAGUUAUAUAUUGAGCUUCAGGGAUUAUACUGUAGCCACUUACCAUAAGUCAGGGGUGGAGAACCAACUGAUGCCCUAGCCAGAGCAAAGCCUUUGGGGCUUGCCCAGCUAUGGCCACCCCUUCCUCCCUUUUCUGGGUGGCCCUUGCACUCAGGGGCUUCCCUUCCCUCCCACUCCUGCAAGUGACUAUCCCCUCCGUCUUCUCCUGGUCUCCAGGCCUCCUAAACUGCAGGAGGAGUUGCUAGCAGCCUCUGCUGGGGCUGCCUGACCUGUGCCUUGCUGCAGCCACCCUAUACAGGGAUGGGACUUGGGGGGUGGCCCAGCUGUGGCCUCCCCAUCCUCCCUAAAGCACCCCAUGCAGGGAGGGGUUCAGGCAGGGGGGCAGCUUCCCCUCCCUCCCGCUCCUGCCAGGGAUUUCCCUUUCCCUCUGGUCCCGCAAGCCUCCUUACCUGCAGGAGAAGGCGAUGCUGGCAGCAUCUGGCUGCCUGACUAGCUCCCUGUUGGCAGCCAUCCUAUGCAAGGGGGGCAGGGGGAGGAAAAGGUGGUGGGGGCUUCCUUUCCCUCCCACUCCGGGACAGAUUUCCCCUUCCCUGGCAGUGUGUUGCUGGGGCUGGACACUGCAGGAAGCAGCUCCCUGCUGCAGCUGCCCCAGGCUGGGAAGAGCUCCAGCUGCUUCUUUGCUGCCGCCUGGCCUCCUAGUGCCAGUCAAGGGCAGCAAGCACUGGAACACCAGAGGAGCUCCUGUUUGCACAGGGGCUCCAGCACAUGUAGCUUCCUCCUCCAGCCAGUUCAUGUGCGUAUGCCUCUCCGACGUGCAGGAGAGGGGCCAGAAUCUAGCUGGUACUGCAGGCAAGGCUGGGGUGAAGUCUUUUUGGCGGCCUCCGCAGCGUUGCAUGGCUGCUGCAACCCCCAGGGGCUGGACUACGUUGUUUGUGGGGCUGGAGCCAGCCCAUGGGUCGGACGUUCUCCACCCCUGCCAUAAGUGUUGCAUUGGGAGGUGGGUGGGAAUUAGGGGCAAUGGCGCUUUAAAAGUCUCUAGGAAAUCUUCACUACAGGAAAAUGAGCGCUGCCUUAGGGAUGGCAUAGACCAGGAGUGGGCAGUCAUUUUCACGGGGGGACCACUUCAUGAAUUUUGGUACAUGGUCAAGGGCCAGCUCUGCCCCCGAAGGAGCGGGGCCUGGAGCAGAAGGGGCGGGGCUGGGGACUAGUCUCCCCCCG